AUGGCAUACCAGAUGUGGCAGAGCCGCUGGGAUCUGGCUACAACUGGAAGAGUCACUUAUGAAUGGAUUCCUGAUAUAGCUGAGAGAAUGGAAGGUAGCUGCGCACAUCUCAAACCGAGCUUCUUCCUAACCCAGGCCCUCACAGGCCAUGGUUUCUUCGCCGAUUACUUGAAGAGAUUCAAGAUAAUAAGGAGUAACCUCUGUGUAUGCGGUAAUCUACAAAGUCCACAACACCUCAUCACUGAAUGUACAAAUACCCAAAUUGCUGAGAUCAGGGAACGGUACCCAGUAGAAAUGCUUGAUGUCACUCCCACCAACUUACAAAAUCUGAAUCAACUCAUCAAAGAACUCUUUCACAUCCGGGACUCCAUUAAAGUUAUAGCUGACAAAUCUACCACAGAUACUGAGGGAACGUCAGAUGUGGAUGAUCCAUCACCUUUAACCACACUAUAUAGUCUCCAAGAACUACCUCCUACUACCAGUAUCACCAGCACACCAAUACCAAUGCACCUGCAGUCACCAUCACCAGUCUCUAUACUCCAAACACAACUAACACAAGUACCAGAAACCACCAACAAAAACAACGUAGUAACAAGCUUACCUACCUACUCACCAUCAGCACUGAAGCUUGUGCCUAGAACAGUGCUGAUAGCUAGCGAGCUACUCAAGAGGAACCAAGAGGUCUGCAGCAGCCCAGUCACACAACAUUCAACUGAAUCCUGUAUUAGUUCGGAGGCCUCACAAGGAGGUGACCAGCAUCAUUCACCAGGGUUCGAAAACGAAUGGCUAGCUGCAAGGAGAAACUUCACAGCAAUUAACCUACCCAAAUUCAGUCCAAUGGUGCAACCUAUCAACCCAAUCCUGCAGCAAACAGACCACAUACUUGGCCCACUUUCUUCACCAACCUCAUCCCCUAGGAAGAGAAUCAUGGUAUCCAACUCCCUUUUCCAACAUACUACAGCAAUGCCACACCCUGAGCACAAUGUACUGUAUUCUCCUGCCAACACAACUACAACAACAUCAACAACUACUGCCCAACAUGGCCGUGUCAUCCGAAACUGUAAAAGCCCCCCUGCACACAACAUUAGCACAACACUGGGAACAGGGAGAUAUAAUAUUCCUGUUGUACACUCCAGUCCAGUUGAGGGGCACAGCACAUCAAUACCAGUGUACAAUGGUUGGAACAGCCCAGGCUUUCAACCCUGCAACUUCUCACCGGUAACUCUCACACCAACAGCUCACCAACAUAGAAUGGACCACACAAGUAGCUUUGAGGUCCAGUGCUCUCCAAAUCUGAUCCAGGUACCUAUCAGCAAGGUGCAUCCACCAAUCAACUUGAACAAAACAUCGCUGAAAGCUAAGCAGGUAGCAGACGCCUUUGAGAGUCACAAAAACAGAAUACAGUUCAUGCAUGGAGGUGUGACUCCAGGCUCUGUAGCUGAGGAAACACCAAAACAAGAUCAUUCAACUUUCUCCAUUGGUGGGAAGCUGGGCAUCAAAAAACCUCCAUCAAACUACACACCAAUGGGACCAUAUGUAAACCGACACAUCUUGGAGGAUGUAAACCGACGAAUAAUAUUCCUAAGGACCACCUUCCCCCCAACUCCCAGAAAGAGUAGCACUGAGCUCUCCACUUCUGUGGCAUACCAGCACUGGGAAGAGGCCUCAAAGGAGGCUGAACCCAGGAGGAUAAUCUCAACAGCCCAGAGACAGUUGCUCACUCAAGGAGGCCUGGAUCAUCCAUACUCCCUGAUAUUCAGUGACCAUGUCUACAUACCUGCUAUGCAAUACCUGGUGCUUCGUGGAAUCCAAGAGCGCUUCUACGCCCCAGUCAGUGCUGCUAGUGUGGGGGAUCUUCUCCCAUACGAACAAUAUCUUGACAUGCACGAACCAACACCGCGUGAUGUCGAGAUCAGACUCAUCGCCUCUGCUGCAGAAGUAAUGAGGAGAAGAAGCUUGGGAAAUAUGGCUUUAACAGCAGUUGAGUCCAACGGCCUACUCACGCUGGAGGAAGCCAACGAAGACAUAUUUCUUCAGGGACCCUCCUUUGCACUGGCACACUGUGUCAGCCAAGACCUCAGAAUGUCCGCUGGGAUAGCGAGGGACUUUGUCCGCCACUUUGGAGGCAGAGAGAUGCUACUGACCCAACCACACAAUGUGGGGGAAGUGGCAACUCUAAAGCGGAAAGUCGAAGGAACAGUGAGCCAGGGACAUUAUAUAAUAUUCUGUGUCGUCACAAAAAUCCAUUACUACGACAAACCAACAUAUAAGGACUUCUCCCUUGGCAUCCAAAAUCUUGCCAGGGAAUGUACCAGAAGAAAAAUAAAAAAACUCGCUAUCCCACGGAUUGGAUGUGGGCUGGACCAGCUUGACUGGGGCCAGGUACGGCCAAUCAUCGUAAGAGAGUUCAGGGAGAUACCUAUCAACAUCAAGGUAUGUAACUGGACCUCCCCUAACACCCGCUCUAAAACGAAUUGAUAGCACUUGUAAAUAGAUUAUAUAACAAUGUAAUAAAGUAAAUAUUCUCCCCAAAUAUAUCUUAUUUAAUUUAAUUUAAUCUAUAUAGUACAAUGUAUGUAUAUUAUUGUAGCACUACCCUAAGCUGAAGGAUGGAAGAAACCUAUGGUAUGUGUCCAUUCUCAGCAUUCAAAAUUACUCCAACGUUAUCCACUAUGUAAGGUGGGACCGAGUGUUCCCACUUUCACACAUAAGAAAUAAUGUCUUUUUGGACAAUCCUACUCUAGGAGAUCUCUUUCUGAGGUAGUUAAGGGUACAGUGGUGCCCGGAGACCUCCUAGGCCUACCCCAAAAUGGGAGACGGGUCGGGGGUCGCUCCAAAUCCGCGGAAGGGGGGAAUGGGCUACAUCCUAGGGUGACCACUCCCUCAACCCCGAAGUGGUGGGAGCGAUUCUGGGAUACUGCCUAGGAGCUCCGGGCCUUUGGCCUGGUGCUGGGGGGGUGGGUCAGCAGUCCCAACCAAAACUGGGGCCCCCCACUCACUGCGGCUCCAGGACCACUGGGUGGCCGAACCGUCCCCUCCCCCUCCUAGUUUUAAGCAAAAUUGAAACACUCCCAAUCUUGGCUUAGUUUAAGUUGUACAUAGUUUUUAUAGCUAAAUUUUAGUAUUAAGUUUGUAAUUUAGUAUUAGAAUAUACAUCACCCUCCCCUUAAACUUAAGAUUGUACUGGUAUUAUCUCUGCGGAAGGGGCGGGGCUUAGGCCCCGCCCCCUCACCGCAGGGAUAAGUAAUUAUAAGAUGUAAAUAUUAUUCAAAAUAAACCCUUUUUUUAAAAAAAAAAAAAAAAAAAAAAAAAAAAAUU